UUUAAGUGUUCCAACUUUAAAAUAUUGUAUAAAACUUUAUAAAAUCCCAGCAACUAGUAAAAUGCAACAAAGGGAGCAAACCAAACCAAACCAAAACCAAAAAAUUUCACUCAUUAUACAUUUGCUCCCGAGCUCUCAAUUUUUUUUCACACAAUGGCGACUCUAAUGUAUCACAUGUUAUCAUCUUCUUCACUAUUAUCCCUCGGCCUUUACCACCUCAUCUCCACCACCCGCAACCGUCUCAAAUCCCCCGGCGACUACUCCGCUAAACCCUACCACCCACUCUCCUUCGCAUCUCAGCCGCAUCUCCGCCGUAUCCCUCUUUAUCUCCUCCUCCUCGGACUCAUCAUAUCUCUCAUUCACCAAUUCAUCGUUUCGUUCGAUGAUGAUCCGCUCCUCAAAGGCCAUACUCCCGUGCACAAAUUCACUUCGCUGCAAGCCGCCGUGGUGAUUCUUUCGUUUGUUAUAAUGGUUUUGAUUGUUUUAAUAACGGAAGCGACUUCGGUAGCAAUAGUACAGAAUGAUUUGUUGUUUGCAUUUGGAUCAGUGCUUUUUUGGCUGCAGUAUACGGUAUCGAUGUCGGCUGCAUCCGUACAGACGUCGGAUCUACAAGCGAAAUGUGAUUCGGUAUCUGCGAGGAUAUCUGCGAUAUCCGCGCUGUUGUGUUUGUUCAUUGCGUUUCAGCCGAAGGUUUACUUAGCGGAUGUGGGAUUAGCAGGUUCGAUUUGUUUGCAGGGUUUGUGGGUGCUGCAGACGGGGCUUUCGUUGUAUGUUGACGCGUUUAUACCGGAUGGAUGUCAUAAGCUGUUGGAUGUUGUGAGAGGAGUUGAAGGUUCGACUAAGUGUGAUUUGGAUGAUGCUAAGCUUAGAGCUGUUGCUAUACUUGAUUUGGCUUUCGUUGUUCAUGUGCUGUUUGUGUUGCUUAUUGUUAUUGUUACGUAUGCUUUUGUUGCUAAAAGUGUUGGGAUUAGGAGAUUUGGGUCGUAUGAAGCUUUGCCGAAUGCGGAUUCGAGUCAUAUACAAAUGAAGGCUAUGACGGGAACUCAAGCUUGAUUUGUUUCGGCAUUAGGGAGAAAGCGUCAUUCCAGUUAGAUUAGUUGAUCAUUCCCAGCUGCCGUUUGUCAGAUCAAGAAACAGCUGCUCGUCAAGAAGGCUGCCAAAGAAAAACUAUGGUACACACUCAAUUCGGUUUUGUUUUCGCUGACUUCAGGUUGAUGGGAGUAGUCAAAGACUUUAGAUUAGAUUGUAAUUUAUUUGGACAAAAUGUUGUAUGAAAUGUCAAAAGGCAGUGUAACCCAUUAGGAAGAAGGUUUGAUUCUUGAGGCCUUUAAAUACUAUAUAAUAUACAAUUAAGCUCUUCAAAUCGUGUAUCAAAGGACAUACCAACUUUGGCUAUUUAAUUUUGCAAAUCGACAAAGCCGGAUUUUGUGUG